AUGUCAGUCAAACGUUGUGUAGUGAAAAUAAAUUAUCUAAUAUUUAAAUUAUUGAAAAGUCCACGUGGAAUUUUUAUAUUAGCAUGCUGGACAUUUAUUUUAUUUAUUGCUGUUUCUUAUCUUAUUGUGUCAUUUAAUAAUGAUCCAUACAAAGUAGAUAAGCCUUAUAUCUACAUCGAACCACUUACUUCAUAUUAUAGAUUCCAACAUGGACAAGUAAAAAGAGAUUGGCAUGAUCUUGUACAAAUUGAGAGGGAAUCGAAGAGAAGUGGACCUGGCGAGCAAGGUCUUGGAGUUGAACUUAAGCCCGAGGAACAAAUAGCAGCACAAAAAAUAUUCCAAGAAAACAAGCACAACGGCUACGUUAGUGACAAAAUUGCACGAGAUCGUUCUUUACCAGACACACGCCCAGCAGGCUGUAAAUCAAAACUAUACCUCAGUGAGCUUCCAACAGUUUCUGUAAUUAUUCCAUUUCAUAAUGAAGUAUUGAGUACAUUAACGAGAACGAUUCAUAGCGUGUUCAAUAGAUCACCACCAGAACUGCUGAAAGAAGUAAUUUUAGUCAAUGAUUACAGUGACAAAGAGCACUGCUAUGGACCACUUGAAAAAUAUAUUGCUGAAUAUUUUGAUGUCAAUAAAGUCAAAUUAUUAGUCAUGUCAAAGAGAAGUGGACUCAUGUGGGCACGACUAGCUGGUGCUCGAGCAGCAGCUGGAGAUGUUCUCGUAUUUAUGGAUUGUCAUACAGAAGCUAAUGUCAAUUGGCUCCCACCAUUGAUCGAGCCAAUAGCUUUAAAUUACAAAACCUGUGUCUGUCCAUACAUUGAUGUGAUUAGUUCAAGCAAUUAUGCAUAUGGCUCAGCAGGGAAAGGAACUAGAGGAGUUUUUAACUGGCAAUUUUACUAUGAAUUUUUACCACUCAGACCUGGAGAUCAGAAGGAUGAAACUGACCCAUUUCAGUCACCCGUCAUGAUGGGAUGUGUUUUUGCAAUAUCAGCAAAAUUUUUCUGGGAACUUGGUGGAUAUGACACUGGUAUGGAGAUUUGGGGUGGUGAGCAGUAUGAGCUGAGCUUUAAGGUAUGGCUGUGUCAUGGUGUACAAUUAGAUGCUCCAUGUUCCAGAGUUGGUCAUUUAUAUCGUCCUAGGCCAUUUCUUAGUUCUAUCAAUACCACAUACGAUUAUGCCCAUAGAAACUACAAACGUGUCGCAGAGGUUUGGAUGGAUGAAUAUGCUCAGAAUGUGUAUGAAAAGGAUCCUGAUGAGUGGUACCCACUAGACUUUGGGGAUGUGUCGUUUAUGAAAAAUAUCAAACAAAAGUUGAAAUGUAAGCCAUUUAAAUAUUUCCUUGAAGUUGUGGCGCCUGACAUGCUUGAAAAAUUUCCUCCGCAUGAACAUGAUGUCUUUGCCAGUGGAGCUAUCCAAAGCGUCGCAAAUCCAAAUCUCUGCAUUGAUACCUUAGGUGCAAGAUCUGGUCAAUCUAUUGGAGUCUAUCAUUGCAAGUCUCCUUUCAAUCUCACAAAAAUUCAUGCACGUCAAAUGUUCUUACUUAGAAGACAUCGUGACAUUUAUGUUGAAUUAUCAAACAAUGAAUGCUUUGACAUAGUCCAUGGAACAGUCUCCUUGUUCCAUUGUCAAUUUAAUCAAGGAAAUCAAUAUUUUCGAUAUAAUCUUGAUACACAGCAAAUUAUGUGUGGACCAAAGAGAGAUAAAUUGUGUAUGGAAGUUAAUAUGAGCACCAAACUUAUCAUCACUGCUUUAUGUGAUGAAAACAAAGUCUUGCAGAAAUGGAAAUGGGGUUUUGUGAAUACUACAAUGUUGAAGAAUUGGAAUGAAUAUGGAAAGCCGAUAAUGGAUAUGAUUGAGAAUGAGGAUGUAAGAAGGGAGAAUUAUUGAAUAAAUAAUUAAAAAAUUUAAAACAUUUUAUUAAAAAACUUGGAAUACAAAAAAU